UGGGUGUCCUAAAAAUCCCAAUUAGCGGGGAAUACUAACUGCCCUACGAGCCGAAACGGGCAGGGGAGGGAAGGGUCGAAGAAGAAGAAGUAGAGAGGGGAAUUAUGAACCCUCGAUAAAUCUGAGCUUUGGAAACGCGGCGGCCCUUCUCCUUUUCCUUUCCGCUUCUCCCACAGAGCCUCAAUUUUUUCUUCUGAAAUACCGGCUUCAAAGCUUCAGAGACGCCGAGAGAGAGAAAUAGCGCGAUGCGAUUGCGGGGAGAAACGACGACGCCCGAUGUGUCAGAGGAAGCGGAGGCAGGAGGUCUUCCUCUUUGAUGGCCUUGCAAUUGCAAAUGAGUUGGCAGCCGAGUCUACUGAGUCAGAAGCGCAAGAGCGGUCCUCCUCUGGGGCUCAAGAACCUCGGCAACUCCUGCUACCUCAACAGCGUCCUCCAGUGCCUCACCUACACCCCUCCCCUCGCCAAUUUCUGCCUCAAAUGCCAGCACUCCGCCCUAUGUACCUACAUAUCCUUCCAAUCCCUCCUUUUCAGGCCUUUUUUUUUUCAUUUGCUUGUUAUUGAUUCGCUUCCUGUUUUUCGUGCAGGCGAUUCGGCGCGCGACUGCCCCUUCUGCAUAUUGGAGAAGCGGAUAGCGCGGUCUCUGAGGGUGGAUCUCACCCUGGACGCGCCCGUGAAGAUCCAGAGCUGUCUCAAGAUUUUCGCCGAGCAUUUCCGGGGCGGCCGCCAGGAGGACGCACAUGAGUUCCUGCGCUACGUAAUCGACGCCUGCCACAACACCUGCCUCCGCCUCAAGAAGUUGCAGCAGCGCCGCUCCAACGCCAAGGGUGGCGAUCAGGCUGCUGCUGCUGCUACCGCUAGUUCUACUACGGUGGUGAAGGAGAUAUUUGGGGGUGCGUUGCAGAGUCAGGUGAAGUGUCUUUCUUGUGGCAACGAGUCCAAUAAGGUUGACGACAUAAUGGAUAUUAGUCUUGAUGUUUUGCUUAUUAAUUCGCUUAAAGAGGCCUUGCAAAAGUUCUUUCAGCCGGAGGUUUUGGAUGGCAACAAUAAGUACAAGUGUGACAAUUGUAAGAAAUUGGUGGCAGCGAGGAAGCAAAUGUCAAUACUUCAAGCUCCCAACGUCCUCGUAAUCCAGCUCAAGAGAUUUGAGGGCAUAUUCGGUGGGAAGAUUGAUAAGGCCAUUGCAUUCGAGGAGGUUUUGGUUCUUUCGAGUUUCAUGUGUAAAGCAAGCCAGGAUCCACGACCAGAAUAUAAGCUCUUUGGUACUAUUGUGCAUUCGGGCUACUCACAAGAGUCUGGACACUAUUAUGCAUAUAUAAAGGACGCAAUGGGUCGGUGGUAUUGCUGCAAUGAUUCGUUUGUCUCACUUUCAACCCUGCAGGAGGUCUUGUCAGAAAAGGUUUAUAUUCUUUUCUUCUCUCGGACUAACCAAAGACCAGCAUCUGCUAGCACUGCCCUUGCUUCGAAUGGAACAAAGUCUAGUGCUUGCAAUGGCAGUGAGGCAUUCAGCAGCACAAAAGCUGCUCUCCCACCAAAAGCAGUGCAUGCAAAAGCAUAUUUUGAGCAAUCUUCUCAGAAGGAUAUCUCAACCAUAUCUAAGGUUGAUAAAGUGACUUCUAGCCCACAGAUGAGGUUUAGCAUUGGAAACUCUAAUUCUAAAAGAGCUCCUGCAACUGGUAAUGGAAGAGUUGAUGUUCAUAAGAGUAAAUCCAUGGAAACAAAUGGGUUUGUGGAAUCCCUUGCUUUGAAUGGAACAAAGUCUAGUGAUUGCAAUGGCAGUGAGGCAUCUAGCAGCACCAAAGCUGCUCUCCCACAUAAAGCAGUGCACACAAAAGCAUAUUUUGAGCAAUAUUCUCAGAAAGAUAUCUCAACCAUAUCUAAGGUUGUUAAAGUGACAUCUAGCCCACAGAUGAGGUUUAGCAUUGGAAACUCUAACUCCAAAAAAGCUCCUGCAAGUGAUAAUGGAAGAGUUGAUGUUCAUAAGAGUCAAUCCAUGGAAACAAAUGGGGAUGUGAAACACUCAAUUUGUAGAGAGAAAAGUGGAAAUGAUGUGGCAGCAUCCAUGAUGGCGAAUGGUUUUAACAGAACCAGAAAAGUUGGUGCUGCUGAUAGUAAGUAUAGCGAAGGAUCCACUCUAACAAGUGAAAAUGGUAAUAGUCAAACUGGUGACAUUAGUUUAGUGAAACCAAAUCAUGGUGAAGGUAAUGGUACAAGGAGCAGGAUGACAAGGGGAGGGCCUUCCCAUGAUGAAUUGGAAACUUGUGUUGUCCAUGACCGCCCUGAGAUCUUGGGGUCUAAGAGAAAAUCAGAGGAGGAGGACUCUUGCAUUUUGUUUGCACAGGAUGCUCAAUCCCAGGCAGAAGUUGGAGAACUGAAAGAAGUUCUCGAGAAAGAAGCUUCUUCGAUUUUGCGAUCAUGCGGUUGGUCAGAUAACGUUUAUAGUUUCAUGAGUUCGAGGAAGAGGUUAUGUCGAGAAGCCAGAAAUGGUUCAUCAAGUAUUAGUGAAUCAAAGAAGUUCUUAAUUGCAGAUGCCAAACCAACCUUUAUUUCACAAAUACCAGAAUCGUUGAAAGAGGACCUCAUUGAACGUCUGCGGUUAUUUAGCCAAGGAAAAAAGGCAUUUUCCAGAACCUUGAUAAACUGAACAUGUAUCCUGACAUUGCCACUGAUGGAGCUUGUCCUGUUAAUCUGUAUUUCUAAUUGAUAUGUAUUAACAAUGCGGAUUAUCCUCUAGCAACAUAUGGGGGGGUAUGUCGUGUAAUAUCCCUUUGAGCAAGUUUUGGCUACAGCAAGAGACUGUUAUCCUUCCAUUUAUUCCUUUGCCAAUGGUGACAUCUUGUAGGUGCGUUAUCAAUUGAACUAAGAUGAAUGGGCCGACUUCAGAUCUUGCUGAAAGUUUUGUUUCCUCCUUCUUGAGGCUGUGCAGUUCAUUUGGUAGAGAAAAACGACUGGAGUUUUACUCAUUUUGUACAAUAUCCUUUUUGGGACUACCUUCAGGAAACAAUCCUCAUUUUAUGGAUGCAUUACGAAUUAUCCAUUUAGUUAGUUACUCAUGGACAUGCUACCAGGUUUAUUCAUUUACUAUGAAAUUUUUGUCAUUAUUACCCUCCAUCCUCCAAUGGGAAAAACCAACACUCCCACCCCUUUCCUUUUUGAGGCAUUUUAUUUGUGGGCUGUUGUUUACAUAGGACGAAGAGUGUUGUCUACUGUUGUGUUUUUGCAUGUGUUUAUGUAUUGCCAAGUUGUUAAGCUCUGUUUAAUGUGUUACUGGGCAGAUGAGUUGUAAAUUUGCCAGACUUGUGCUUUGUAGACCCGUAGUUCCUCUCCCAAGUUCUUGGUGAAUGCCUUUGUGGGUUUUUUUUUUUGGUUUUGUUUUUUUGCCUAGUGUGAUACCGUACUGCAUGUACCUGGAACAUCUGAGGGGGACUUGGAAACCAUACACGCCUUACCGCCUUGCCCACAUGAACCUGAACAUAAUUGAGUCUCGGGGGUUAAUUUUUCGGUGCACAUGCCUGCCAGCGCCGCUGAAUUCUAGAAGACAGGAAGUAUCGCAUGGCAGGAUGAGUGGAGACAAAGUUGUGUAUGUCGGCCAUUCUAGUAAACAAGUUGGGAAGUGGGUGAGUGUACGAGGUAGACUUGGAAAGUGUGUGCAGGGCAAGCAUUUAACGUUGGACACAAGCUUUGUUCUUAUCUCUUCUGCUCUUUGUCAGCUUCCUCCCUUGAGUGGAGUUUAUCUGCCGUACUUGGUGAUUAAUCCCCCUUCACACCGCGUUAAAAUGAUAAUAACAGAGUUUGUAAUUGCCCUACAUAGAGCUUGGUAUUAUAAUAUAAUGAAUUUGUACAAGAUAAGAACCAAGAUUUGACUUACAAAUACACUGAAUAUUAUCCGGAAUUAACUAAUGAGUUGUUACAAAUA